AUGGCAUCAGCAACAGUACCACGCAAUUCGGUACAAGCGAAAUCCCUGACCUUGCUGGAACUGUGCCAAACAAUUCAUGAUCUACGUCAUAUGUCAUCACGAGAUACAUCACAAAUCUUAACUCGUCGUUUGUAUUUCCAUCCCGUAAAUACAAAAUCGAGUUACAAGCCACAGUCAUCGAAAUUGAUUGCUCGCGGUAUUCUUCGAACGAACCCAAUGGUUGAAGAGAAACCGACUUCGUCAUUUCGAAAAAGAACGUCUCCUCAUGAUUUGUCUAUUCUUUCAUCUUCAUUUUCACUAGUAUCACGUACACAUUUCAAAACGAAUAUAUGUACGACUACGGAAAAUGAUGAUAAUAAUGAUUUAGAAACAAGCACAAUCACCAGUUCAUUGAAUCAAAUUUCCUUAGCGCCAAUUACUCAACGACCACCUGUAUUAUCGAAAAAGAAAAUGAUGCCAAAUAAAUCGUUAUAUGUUCCGAAUCCAAACAAACGAACAGUUCUAUUAACCGAAAAAAAUGAUAAAAAAAGAAUGAAUGUAUGGAAUUAUCUACAUCAUAAUUUAGAUCGUCCAUUUCCACAGGAUCCACCGACAACUCCUUUGCAUUAUUCAACUGAUUUCGACAUACAAAACCAAAAAAGUUAUUAUUCAUUACCAGAUAUCAUCAAUUGA